AUGAAUGAACUCGAGAACCAAGCUUUUUUUCUCUUUUUCCCUUUUCACCAAGGCCUCAAUACUCAUCACAGUACACCACAAAUCAUAAAUAACAGAGUGCAAAGCACACACCGCCGCCGCCGCGCGUUAAAUAAUAAACUCGGCGACGAAGUUUUAUCAUCAAAUAUGGGUCGUUCAGCUUCGGACUUUGCGGAUAAGAGAGAGGUGUACUUAAAAUAUCUCCCGAAAUCGUGCACGGACGAGCAACUGAGAGAACUGUUCGAGCCGCACGGGAAAAUAGUUCGCCUUUGGCAUUCGCGACAUCCAGACACGGACGAGAGUAAAGGGUACGCGUUCUUAACAUUCGAGAAGAAAGAGACGGCGAGAUACGUGGUGAGAAACUGUAAUCAACAUCCGUUCAACUAUUUAGACGGGAAACACGUGGAGAUUUCGCACGCGCAACCUUGGGAACAACACACGGCGAAGACACACGUAGGACUGAAAAAUAUCGAAGCCAGAGAGAACUCGGUAACCGAAGGAGGAGUGAAGAAGAAACAAGGACACAAGCAUAAACUUUCCGCGAAAGCUCGGCAGAGAGCGAAGAAACGGAAGGAGAAAGAAAUGUUGGCGGCUGGUAAGACUUGA